UUGAAUUUACAUAGUUAACCUCUUACAGUCGAGAAAAGAGAUCGUAUAAAAUUUUAUUAUAAUGAAAUUCUGUGCUAAUCUGUCUUUUAUGUUUGCUGAAGCUUCUUCCAUUUUGGAACGAUAUGCUUUGGCUAAAGACGCUGGAUUUAAGGCUGUAGAAUCGGGUUUCCCUUUUGGUUUUAGUUUAGAACAAGUAAGAAAUGCAAAACAAAGCGCCGGCUUACAACAAAUCGCGAUUAACUUAAAAACAGGAGACACGACCAAAGGUGAAGUUGGCGUAACUUCUGUUCCGGGUAAAGAAGACGAAUUUAAAACAAAUUUGAAUACGACAAUCGAAUAUGCGAAGGCCUUGGACGCGAAAAAAAUUCACAUAAUGGCUGGCAAAGUGGAAAAUCCAACUCCGAAACAUUGGGAGACGUUUGAGAAAAACUUGCUAUAUGCUGUUGACGUCCUAAAAGGAGAGAAUAUCCAAGGACUAAUCGAACCAAUCAACCAGUAUUCUAUGCCCAAAUAUUUCUUGAGUGAUUAUGGAAGAGCUGUGGACAUUAUUAAACGUAUUGACAGUCCAAAUUUGAGAUUGAUGUUGGACAUUUUCCAUCUUCAGCAAAUCGCCGGCGACAUUACUCAUAAUAUUACGAAACUAUUGCCGUACAUUGGACACGUGCAAAUAGCUCAGGUUCCGAAUCGUAACGAACCGGAUACGCACGGAGAGAUAAACUACAAGUACGUUCUAGAACACUUGGCUAAGAGUGGAUACGAUGAAUGGGUUGGACUCGAAUAUAAAGCCAUCGGAAACACGAAGGAUGGUUUGACUUGGAUCAACAAUUAUGGUUACAGUCUUUGAUUUUGUUAUCUCUUUUUAAAUAUUGAUUGAAUAUAUUCACUUUAUAACAAUAUUAUUAUAUUAUUUCAUAUGUUAUUUACGUGCUGAGAAAUCGAUGCCUUGAUGGGUCACGCAUUGAGGAAACGAUUUUCAGUUUUAUUCUUACAAAAUUCCCUUGUUCAAUCUUAGAUUCUUAAAAUAUAAUACAAUAAUAUUGUGGAGUAAAUGUUGAACUUUGAUAUUUAUGUCGUAUUGCAUUUGUUUUUUGUUUGUUAAGCUUGUUCAAUAAAAAUAUAUUUU